GCCCUUUCCUAAGCAGGCCAAGACUGGUGACAGUCUCUAUAUAUUUAAAGAGCACGAGAGCCCCCCUUACUCAGUUGAGCCGAGGAGAGACCACAUAGGCAGACUUGACUUUGGUCAGAGAGUCUUCAAGAUGCCAAACUGGGGCGGAGGCGCAAAAUGUGGAGCCUGCGACAAGACCGUCUACCACGCGGAGGAAAUCCAGUGCAAUGGAAGGAGUUUCCACAAGACCUGUUUCCACUGCAUGGCCUGCAGGAAGGCCCUCGACAGCACGACAGUCGCGGCUCACGAGUCCGAGAUCUACUGCAAGACCUGCUAUGGUCGCAGGUACGGCCCCAAGGGCAUCGGGUAUGGACAAGGCGCCGGCUGUCUCAGCACGGACACGGGCGAGCACCUCGGCCUCCAGUUCCAACAGUCCCCAAAGCAGGCACGCUCAGCCACCACCAGCAACCCUUCCAAGUUCACUGCGAAGUUCGGAGAGUCGGAGAAGUGCCCUCGAUGCGGAAAGUCAGUCUACGCCGCUGAGAAGGUCAUGGGAGGCGGCAAGCCUUGGCACAAGACCUGUUUCCGCUGUGCCAUCUGUGGGAAGAGUCUGGAGUCCACGAAUGUCACUGACAAAGAUGGGGAACUUUACUGCAAAGUUUGCUAUGCCAAAAAUUUUGGCCCCACGGGGAUUGGCUUUGGAGGCCUUACACAUCAAGUGGAAAAGAAAGAGUGAAAAGGUAUACCAUCUCUCGGAUUUUUCACCCACCUAAAGCAUUUGCCAAGUAAUCCUACCAGAUGGAAACCGUUCCCCACACAGCCUCUCAUUUGUAGUUGGACAGUGUUUCUCUCCAGAAGUGAUAAUAGCCUUUUCCUAAAGUUAGAAGAGACCUCUGGACAAAACUUACAUAAAAUGUAAUCUGUAACAAAUGCUUCGUUAUUUAUAAUACGUGGGGUGGGAAAGGCAAUAAAUAUAUGUUUGAGUGGUA